GCUCUCUUUCUAUAUUGCAAUAUUGCAUGUCCUUUAUAACAAUGGGUUGGAAAGCCUUCUCUAUUGCUACUACAUUCUCAAUUUUCUUUCUCCUUCCAUUCUUUGCAUUUCUAGCUACCGCAAAUGACACCCUUGUACCUCCAGAAACCAUUUGUAAAUCAUCCCAAUAUCCAUCUUAUUGCACAAAUCUACUUCCAAAACAAAAUGCCAAAGUCCAUGACUUUGCUAGAUUCUCAAUUCAAAAAUCCAUGUUUCAGUCCCAAAAAUUUUUGAACUCAUUGAACUUCUAUCUUGAGUCUACUUUUACCAAAGAGACAAUAAAUGCUCUCAAAGAUUGUUUAUUUCUCUCCCAACUCACCUCACAAUACUUAUCAAAAUCCAAUUAUGUUGCACUCAAAAAUACUAAUGAAACUCUCUACACCUCCCAAGUUGAUGAUACUCAAACCCUUCUAAGUGCGGUUAUAACCAACCAUCAAACAUGUUUAGAUGGACUAAUUACCGUGGCUAAUUCUAAUUUGACUAUAGAAAAUGAUCUUAUUAGCCAACUCUCUAAUGAUAGCAAACUCUACAGUGUUUCACUUGAUCUAUUCACAAAGGGUUGGGUGCAUGAAAAAAAGAACAAGACAUUAUGGAAUUCUACCGGGUUGCAUCCUCGUUUCAAAAACGGUAGAUUGCCUAUGAAGAUGUCAAAUCGAACCAGAGUCAUUUACCAUUCUUCAAGAGGCGGAGGAGAAACCCAUGAUGAUGAUGAUCAAAGUGGUGUUUUGGUUAGGGACAUUGUUGUUGUUAGUCAAGAUGGGAGUGGAAACUUUACAACUAUCAAUGAUGCUGUUGCUGCUGCUCCAAAUAACACUAUCAAUGCAACAAAUGGAUAUUUCAUGAUAUUUAUCAAAGAGGGCGUUUAUGAAGAAUAUGUCUCUAUCCCUCAAAACAAGGCGUAUCUGAUGAUGAUCGGAGAUGGAAUCAACCGAACAAUUAUCACCGGCAAUCACAGUGUUGGUGAUGGAUGGACAACUUUUAAUUCCCCAACAUUUGCUGUCGUAGCACCAGGAUUUGUAGCAGUUAACAUAACAUUUCGGAACACAGCCGGGCCAAGCAAAUUCCAAGCAGUUGCAAUGAGAAGUGGGGCAGAUAUGUCCAGUUUCUAUCGUUGCAGCUUUGAAGGGUACCAAGACACUCUCUAUGCACAUUCACUAAGGCAAUUUUAUAAAGAAUGCGACAUUUAUGGAACAAUAGAUUUUAUAUUUGGAAACGCCGCAGUUGUUUUGCAAAACUGCAAUAUAUAUCCUCGUCUUCCCUUACAUGGACAAUUCAAUCCCAUCACCGCUCAAGGACGCACUGAUCCAAACCAAAACACAGGCAUUUCCAUUCACAAUUGCACUGUUAAACCAGCUGAAGAUUUAGCUCCAAGUGUUAGUACUGUGAAAACUUACCUUGGGAGGCCAUGGAAAGAGUAUUCAAGAACUGUUGUUAUGCAGUCUUUUUUGGAAAAUUUGAUUGACCAAGCUGGUUGGUCCAUUUGGAGUGGUGAUUUUGCACUCUCUACGUUGUAUUAUGCAGAGUUUGAUAAUAGAGGACCUGGUGCAGACACUUCUAAUAGAGUUACAUGGCCAGGGUACCAUGUGAUUAAUGCUACAGAUGCUUCAAAUUUUACGGUUGACAAUUUUCUGCAGGGGAAUGUUUGGUUGCCUCAAAUGGGAGUUCCUUAUAUUCGUGAACUUACAACUUUUAAUUAGAGAACACAAGAGGAACGAUGAAUAAAGGACUACAUAUUGAGGAUUAAUUGAUGCUGAUUGAAGACCAAAAUUAUUUGAUAUAUUUAUUCUUUGCUGUUGUUUUUAAUAUACUUCAAAAGUUUUUCAAAAGGAAGAGCUGCAGGUUUUAUUUGGUGGGUGUUCUGCUUCCUUUGCUACGCAUUGUAUUUUUUUCUUUUGUAUGAUUAAUGUGGUGAAUAUAGUGAAAAUUUUCACUUGAAUUUUCUUUGUUGGAAA